CACACACGUACAAAGCGGGUAGAAACGUGUUAGGGUUUCUCUGGCUUCUCUCCUCUCUAUAAAUUCAAAGCCAGCGAGCAUCUGUUUUCUUGUUUCCUUUUUCUAGGGUUUCUGCAGCUGGUUCAACAGGGUCGUUGUCGCCAUGGGGAGAAGACCUGCAAGGUGUUACCGCCAGAUCAAAAAUAAGCCAUACCCAAAAUCACGCUAUUGCCGUGGUGUGCCUGACCCCAAGAUCAGGAUCUAUGAUGUGGGUAUGAAAAAGAAAGGAGUAGAUGAAUUCCCAUUCUGUGUGCAUUUGGUGUCUUGGGAGAAGGAGAAUGUCUCCAGUGAAGCCCUUGAGGCUGCCCGAAUUGCUUGCAACAAAUAUAUGGCUAAGUAUGCUGGAAAGGAUGCUUUCCACUUGAGGGUCAGGGUACAUCCAUUCCAUGUCUUGCGUAUCAACAAGAUGCUUUCAUGUGCUGGAGCUGAUAGGCUCCAGACUGGUAUGAGGGGUGCUUUUGGCAAACCUCAGGGUACUUGUGCUAGAGUUGCUAUUGGACAGGUUCUUCUCUCUGUUCGUUGCAAGGACAACAACAGUCAUCAUGCUCAGGAGGCUCUCCGCCGUGCAAAGUUCAAGUUCCCUGGUCGCCAAAAGAUUAUUGUCAGCAGAAAAUGGGGUUUCACCAAGUUCAACCGCACUGAUUAUGUGAAGUUGAAGGCAGAGAAUCGCAUUAUGCCAGAUGGUGUCAAUGCUAAGCUUCUUGGAUGUCAUGGACCCUUGGCCAAUCGUCAACCUGGAAGAGCAUUUUUGCCUGCUACUGCUUAAGAUCUUCUUAUGAUGCAGAAUGUCUUUUCUUGUUUUUGUCUCUGAUUAUGAGGAUGGUAGAAGUUGCUAUUUUUAUUAUGAUAUGGUAAUGUGAUAAGUUUAUUUUGAGCUGUAUUAAGGAUAUAAUAUGAAUGACUUUGGGAUCAUCUUGAUUUAGAUUUUGGAUUGAAAUUCUGAAUUUUUAUUAUUUCAAAAAUUUUUUUUUAUCGAGCA